AUGGAAAGCAAAAUUACAACAGGUAAGAACCUCUUGUGGAAGUAUAUUUAUAAACAACUAAAUUUAUUUUUAGGACUCAAACAGCUGGUCAGUGACCAUGUUAACUCUUUCGAUCAGUUCAUAGAUCAAGGGUUACGUGAUAUGUCGACAGAACUACAGCAUGUAAAGAUAAAGAUGUCGGAUGAAGAAAAUGGAAAGGGUGCAUAUUUACAAGUAUGGUUCGAAAAUUUCUAUUUAGAAAAGCCUGAGAAAGUCAGGAGGGAUGCUAGUUUUCAAGGAAGCCUAUUUGAGCCUAGAACAUUUCCAGGUGAAUGCAGAGAGACUGGGGAAACCUAUUGUGGCAAUCUCAUGUCCACAGUUUGUCAUAAGAUAGUUGGAUCUUGCCGUGAUCAUCCGGUACAUAAGAACAUAAUUAAAAUAUGCAGCUUCCCUAUUAUGGUAGCUAGUCACGCCUGCCACUUGGAAUCACUAGAUAAAAUUGGACUUAUCAAACAUGGAGAAGAAGAUACUGAAUCUGGUGGAUACUUUAUUGUAAACGGAAUUGAGCGAAUCAUCCGACUUCUAAUUCAGCAACGUAGGCAUUAUGUGUUAGGUCUAGUACGAAGUUCUUUUUUGCGAAGGGGGGCAUUGUUCAGCAAAUUUGCUACCUCUAUUCGUUGUGUUGAUAAGACAGAAAUAUCUAGUACUAUAAGAUUGCAUUAUAUGAAAACUGGGAGUGCUAGAUUAGGUCUCACUAUAGAACGUCAGGAAUUUUAUAUUCCUGUAGGAAUAAUUAUUCGAGCCAUCACGGACUCUUCUGAAAAAGAAAUUUUCAUGAAUUCAGAUUAUAGAUGUAACUCUGAGAAUUGCCUCAUAAAUGAUUGUAUCAUCAAUUGCCUUCAUGAGGCUACUGAUGCAGACAUUCUAUCUAAAAUGGAUGCACUUCGUUACAUUGGCAAAUAUUUUAGAAACCUCUUACGCGGACAAAAAUUUGUAAGUGAUGUUGAAUUAGGAGAAUUUUUUAUUGCAAGAUAUAUUUUCACUCACUUGAAGAGGCAGAGUGAAAAAGCAAAUCUAUUACUUUUUAUGCUGCAGAAGUUAACGGCUUUAGUUCAAGGCCUAUGUAAGCCCGAUAAUCCGGAUACAUUAGCCCAUCAAGAAAUCAUGUUACCUGGUUCAUUACUUCAGGGCUUACUCUAUGAAAAGAUGGAACAUGUGCUUGAGCAAAUCCGUCUGAAAUUUCAAGCCCUCUUUGAUGUGUCAUACACUGAUAAAGUGGAAGCUUUGGAACCAAAUUCAAUACAAAAUUCAAUACUGCAAGUUAUCCAAAAAUAUGAUAUAGGACGACACUUUGAGUACUUUUUAGCCACAGGAAAUUUGGUGAGCAAAAGUGGUCUUGGCUUGAGUCAAUCAAGCGGCUUCACAAUUGUCGCAGACAAGUUAAAUUACUUGAGAUUUUUGUCUCAUUUUCGAUCUGUUCAUCGAGGAGCAUACUUUACUGAACUUCGAACAACUACGAUUCGCAAACUUUUGCCAGAGUCUUGGGGUUUUUUAUGUCCAAUACAUACUCCAGAUGGAUCGCCAUGCGGGCUUCUAAAUCAUUUGGCAGGUGAAUGCAAAAUUGUAGUAGCCAAAACAAGAGAUACGGAUUUUGAUCUAGUUCGCAAGACUGUAAAGAAAAGUUUAGGGCUCAAUUUCGAAUUCACGAAUGACUCGAAUCGUGAGAAUCUUGAAAGUCUUCUUCCUGUACUUCUCGAUGGUUUACUUAUCGGAUCGUUACAUGAGAGAGAUGCAGCAAAUGCUGUAAGGGUUCUUCGGCGGGCAAAAGUUGACAGUUCUUCUUACAUUCCAAGAGAUUUAGAAAUAGCUCAUGUUACUUUUCGAAAGGGAGGGGUUUAUCCUGGAAUCUAUAUAUUCUCAUCUUCUUCUCGACUUGUUCGCCCCGUAUUGCAGACAUCUGGAGGAAACGUGGAAUUGAUUGGUACCUUAGAGCAAUCUUUCAUGUCAAUUAAAACACAGGAUGGUGAAAAUAGAGACUUUUGUAAGUCUUUUAAAUACUCUCACGAAGAAAUAUACCCCGAUUCUUUUCUCAGUGCUGUUGCAAGUUUAACUCCGUGGUCGGAUUAUAAUCAGAGCCCAAGAAAUAUGUACCAAUGUCAGAUGGGGAAGCAAACAAUGGGGGUUCCGAUGCAUUCUUUUCCAUUCCGCUCGGAUUCAAAGUUAUAUAGACUCCAUACACCACAGCGACCAAUUGCACUCACAAAAACUUAUGAUAAAUACGGUAUAGAUAAUUAUCCUCUCGGAACAAAUGCAGUAGUUGCAGUUCUAUCUUAUACGGGAUAUGAUAUGGAGGAUGCUAUGAUAAUGAACAAGUUUUCAAUGGAACGUGGCUUAGCUCAUGCUACGUUGUAUAAGACAGAAGGCCUAACCUUGAAGGACAAAAAUGAUACUUUCACUGUUUCCGGUCCCUUAAAUCAGACGAAGUUCGACGCUUCCCCAUUGCCAGGAAGUAUAUUGCAGAAGGGAGAUUCCUUCAUAUCAGUAUCUAACAGAAUUUCUGGGAAGUUAAAAAAGACCAUGUUGAAGGGCGAGGAUAAAGGCAUAGUUGAUCGAGUGAAGAUUUCUGCUUCUCAAGAGCAAAGUUCAUAUGAGAAACUGGAUGUUACUCUGCGCUUCAACCGGAAUCCAAUAAUUGGUGAUAAAUUUAGCAGUAGACAUGGGCAAAAAGGAGUUUUGAGUUAUUUGUGGCCAGAAGAAGAUCUCCCAUUCAUCGAAAGAAAUGGUAUAAAGCCAGACAUCAUAAUAAAUCCUCAUGCAUUUCCAUCUCGUAUGACAAUUGGAAUGCUCAUGGAAAGCCUUGCGUCAAAAGAAGGUGCACUGUCGGGAAAUUUUGUUGAUGCUUCACCAUUCAAGGCCCUUAAGGAAGAGCAUUUAACAAUUCCACUGAAUAAUCACUACGAAAGGCUGAAAGAUAUGGGUUAUAAGUUCACUGGAACUGAAACUAUGAUAAAUGGAUUUACUGGAUGCACUUUUGAAGUCGAUAUUUUCAUAGGUCUUGUAUAUUACCAACGCCUUCGACACAUGGUAUCUGACAAAUUUCAAGUGCGUUCGGAAGGUCCAAACAAUCCAUUGACAAAACAGCCUAUCAAAGGUAGAAAAAUGGGAGGUGGGAUUCGAUUUGGAGAAAUGGAGAGGGACUCAUUGUUGUCACAUGGUGUUGCAAAUUUGAUUCAAGAUCGAUUACUCGCUAGUUCAGAUAAGCACUCGUUUAAAAUAUGCUCUUCCUGUGGAAGUAUGAUAUCACACUUACAAAAAGUAGCACUGCGUAACGAAGAAUGCUCUAAUGAUAUUUGCAUAACAUGUAGAUCGACUUCAAAUAUUGUGAAUGUGCAUGUUCCGUAUGUUUAUAAAUAUCUGAUAUCAGAACUUGCAGCCAUGAAUAUCAGAUUAUGUGCGGACUUAAAUGAUUAG